AGGAGUUACACAGAGAUGUCCUCCAGCAGACAUCAGGUCCCUGCCGGCUCCGCGCCGACGGUGCCCACCGCCCACCAGCGGAGCCCCAUCGGGCGGGCACACUCCCUGUCUCGUGGCCAGAAGGGAGGGGGAGAAAAGAAAGAAACACGGCAGGGUUGUCUGCUUGCAGUCUCCCAGACCCGAGAAGGCUGCAGGAAAGACAUCCCCAAAAGUGCGUAUUUCUGCUUUUUCCGUUUUUCCAGGACUACGAACGAAGGUAUUUUUAAUCAGGCGGCACAAGCUUCUCAGCUCUUCACCAGCACAGCCCCGGCCCGCCCCGGCCCGCUGACGCGAGGGGCGGCGCUCCCGUGGACCGAUCGACGCGGGGCGGCUCUGCCAGCGCCCAACGGGGGGGCGGCGGGACGGGGCCGGGCGGCAGGAGGAAGCGGCGCGAUGGGGCCGGCGGCGGGGGACGCGGAGCCGGAGGCAGCGGCGGGGGGCGGUCCCUGGCUGCUGCUGGCGCUGCCGCCGCUGCUGCUGCUGUUCGCGCUGGUGGUUCGGCAGCUGUUGAAGCAGCGGCGGCCGCCCGGCUUCCCGCCCGGCCCCGCGGGGCUGCCCCUCAUCGGCAACAUCCACUCCCUGGGCGCGGAGCAGCCGCACGUCUACAUGCGGCGCCAGAGCCAGAUCCACGGGCAGAUUUUCAGCCUUGAUUUGGGAGGUAUAUCUGCUAUUGUGCUGAAUGGCUAUGAUGCAGUGAAAGAAUGCCUUGUUCACCAAAGCGAAAUUUUUGCAGACAGACCAUCUCUUCCUUUGUUUAAGAAGCUGACAAACAUGGGAGGCUUACUAAACAGCAAAUAUGGCAGAGGAUGGACAGAACAUCGCAAAUUAGCUGUGAACACCUUUCGAACUUUUGGAUAUGGUCAAAGGUCCUUUGAACACAAAAUUUCAGAAGAAUCUGUGUUUUUCCUCGAUGCCAUUGAUACCUACAAAGGCAGACCAUUUGAUCUUAAGCACUUGAUAACAAAUGCUGUUUCAAACAUUACUAAUUUGAUUAUUUUUGGAGAACGUUUUACAUAUGAAGAUACUGAAUUUCAGCACAUGAUUGAGAUUUUCAGUGAAAAUAUUGAAUUAGCUGCUAGUGCCUCUGUAUUUUUAUAUAAUGCUUUUCCUUGGAUUGGUAUCUUGCCAUUUGGGAAACACCAGCAGCUGUUUAAAAAUGCAGCUGAAGUCUAUGACUUUCUUCAUAAGCUUAUAGAACGAGUCUCUGAAAAUAGGAAAUCCCAGUCACCUCGACACUUUAUAGAUGCAUACUUAGAUGAGAUGGAUUGCAACAAAAAUGAUCCAGAAUCAACGUAUUCAAGAGAAAACUUAAUUUUCUCUGUUGGAGAACUCAUCAUAGCGGGGACGGAAACCACAACAAAUGUUUUAAGAUGGGCAGUGUUAUUUAUGGCUCUUUAUCCAAACAUUCAAGGACAUGUUCAAAAAGAGAUCGAUUUAGUCAUCGGCCCAAACAAAAUGCCUGCUUUGGAAGAGAAAUGUAAAAUGCCAUAUACUGAGGCUGUUCUCCAUGAAGUUCUAAGAUUCUGUAAUAUAGUUCCACUAGGUAUUUUUCACGCAACCUCCAAAGAUACUGUUGUACGUGGUUACUCUAUUCCUGAAGGCACUACAGUUAUUACAAACCUCUACUCUGUACAUUUUGAUGAAAAAUACUGGAACAACCCAGAAGUGUUUUUUCCUGAGAGAUUUUUGGACAGCAAUGGACAGUUUGUCAAGAAAGAUGCAUUUAUUCCUUUUUCAUUAGGAAGAAGACACUGUCUUGGAGAACAGCUAGCUCGAAUGGAACUGUUUUUGUUUUUCACUUCAUUACUACAACGAUUUCACCUGCGUUUUCCUCAUGGUGGGAUUCCAGAUCUCAAACCAAGAUUAGGCAUGACAUUACAACCACAGCCAUACCUCAUUUGUGCAGAAAGACGAUGAACAGAGGAGUCUAGACUGUCAGAUGGAGUAAAAUGGUCCAAGCAGCUGCCAAGGAGUCCCUUGCCUUCUAUUUCUAAAUGUAUUCAAGUUGGAAGAACAAAAAUGUUAAUGACUUAAACUAUGGUUAUUUGUGCACAAGUUCAUGGUUUCUUUUCACUUGGUUUUCACAAAAAAAAAAAAACACAACAACACAAAAAAAAACAAAAAACUGAACAAACUCUCAACCAAGAAUAUAAAAGAAAUCCUGUGUUUAAAGUUGACAUUUCCACUCCAUAAAUUUGUUUUGAAUCUAACUUCUCAUUCAGUUUUUAAUUUCUUUGCAAGCUAUUUUACUUUGAGAGAAUAUUUUUAUAACAGAGAGAAUAUGGCUGAAAUUUUUAUACUCAGAUUUAUAUGUAGAAAUCCUGUAUACCUUAUUCCAGCAAGGCUGGAAUAUAUAAUUCUUUAUUAAAUUCACAUAGCUAAAAUGAUUUAAAUUUUUAUGUUUAAAUUUCUGUAACUGAGAAAUUAUCAUUUGCAGCCUUGACAAUCAAAUCUAUAAUUAAAGCAUUUCAAUCCUUCCUUCAUCA